AUGAACAAGAAUGCUUCCGAGACAAACCGUUCUUACACGAAGUUGGAGCCUGUGCAGAUACCGCCCUUUAGUGGAUCGUACAUUGAGUGGCACCCUUUCAAAGAUCUCUUCGUCAGCAUGGUGGACAAAAAUUCACGUCUCACGAAGACGCAAAAGUUUCACCAUCUCAAAUCGAAACUCACUGGGCAGGCGAAAGGAGUUAUCGACCAUUUACCGACGAGUGAAGACAGCAAGGAUUUGGCCUGGGAAGCGAUCCAAGAGCGCUACGACAGCAAGAAGAACGUUGUGAAAAGUCACCUCGAGCGCUUCAAGAGUUUGGCAGCCGUAAAAACUCCAAAGGUGGAAGACCUUCGCAAAAUUUACGACAUCUCGACAACUACCAUCAGCGCCCACAUACCCUUCUCUGCGACUCGAGGUCGCUCCUUGCUUGAUUUGGCGCUACUGCCUGAUGAUUGUCAUCAGUUGCUCCGGUCUUAUGGUCAGCAGGCUCUUCCGGGUGUUUCUGAUCAUGAUUUGAUUCAGUUCUCCUUCAGUAUGCCAAAGGUAGACAAGUCAAACCGUUACCGUUUUAUGAGAGAUCUCAAGCGAGUUGACACUGAUUCCCUACUUCGGGCAGCUGCUGAUAUAGAUUGGCAGUCUGUUAAUCUCUUGCCGUCGGUCAAUUAUCGGGCCGAGUUGCUGAGUGGUCUCUUGGGCUCUUUGUUUGAGUCCCAUGUUCCCUUCAGAAGGGUACUGUUGCGUAAUCCCAGGACCCCUUGGAUGCGUCCAUACAUUCUGAGGGCAAUUCAGGAUCGCGAUAGGGCCUACAGGGAGUGGAGGAGCUCUGGUCAGUCUUCUCACUGGUCUGCUUUUAAAGUUCUUCGGAACAAAGUGAAAACUUUGAUUCGCGAUGCGAAGUCCAAUUACUAUCACGGUCAGCUGAACCCAUCGCAGGAUCCUGCGGUGUUGUGGCGCAACUUGGGCCGUCUUGGUCUAAAGAGGACUUCACACUCAGCUGAAGCUGAUCCUAAUGCGCUCAAUUUAUUUUUCUGCUCAGUCACUCCGCGUCAAGAUUGCCCUUGUCCUCCUCAUAUUUUUACAGAUACUCCGGUGCCUGAAUUUAAUUUUCAGUGCGUGCCCUCACACGUAGUCCUUUCGGCUAUACAGCGAGUCAACUCUUCUGCAGUUGGGGUUGAUGAAAUCUCUCUCGAUUUGAUCCGCUUGAUUCUUCCAGUCAUACUUCCAUGUCUGACAGAUCUCGUCAAUUUUGCCAUCACAUCUUCUUCUUUCCCACUUUCUUGGAAAAGUGCUGUGGUGGUUCCCAUCCCUAAAGUGUCUGCGCCCUCCGCUGUUUCUGACUUCAGGCUAAUUAGUAUCCUGCCUGCGCUGUCAAAGCCCCUCGAGAUCAUCCUUCUGGAUCAGAUGACUGCACAUCUGGAACGUAACAACCUCCUGUGUGAAUUUCAGUCUGGUUUUCGAAAGAAUCACAGUACUGUCUCGGCUCUCCUUAGAAUCAAUCAUGAUAUUGCUUGGGCUUUGGAUAGAGCCAUGUUUAGCGUUCUGGUCCUUUUGGACUUCUCUAAGGCUUUUGAUAGCAUUUCACACUCCCUUCUCUGUAACAAGCUUCAGGGACUCUUCGGUUUCUCUACGGUGUCCGUCCGUCUUAUACAAUCCUACCUUGCAUCUAGAUCUCAAAUUGUAAGGUCUGGUCAUUCAACCUCGUCUGCCCUCGAUCUUACUCGCGGCGUUCCCCAGGGUACCAUUUUGGGACCUAUUAUUUUCUCUCUUUUCAUUAAUGAUCUCCCGCAGGUUCUCAGAUAUUGUGGGUACCAUUUGUAUGCACACGAUCUUCAGAUUUACUGCUCUGGAGAUCCGUUAAAUUCAUCUCACGCGUUCGAUGCUGUAAAUGAUGAUUUGGAGAGGAUCUCACACUGGGCCGACAAUAAUGGUCCGGUCCUGAAUGCCAGAAAGUCGCAGGCACUUCUGGUGCACUCAAGAGGAAGAAACCCGAUCUCCUUUCCACUUUUCCUUUCGGAUGAAGAGAUUCCACUCUCCUCCAAGGUGAAAAAUCUAGGUGUCAUCUUUAAUGACACACUGAUUUGGUCAGAUCACGUAGCUGAGAUUUGCCGCAAGGUUUUUCUCACUUUAAGAACUUUACGACGGUACCAAACUUUUACACCCCGAGAAACCAGAUUGCUUCUGGUAAGAACACUUAUUGUGCCAUUUUUCACCUACGGGUGUGAGUUGUUCUUCAGAGCACAUGCUGAGGACCACAGUCGUCUGAGACUUGCAUUUAAUUCAUGUCUGCGCUAUGUCUUCGGACUUCGCAAAUAUGAUCAUGUGUCCGCAUAUGGUGAUUCCAUACUCGGUCUUCCACUGCCCGGUUAUCUCGAUACCCGUGUGGUGGAUUUCAUUUCCAGGAUUCUUUCGACUGGUAGGCCGCGGUACCUCACGGAGCUUGUGGUUGCUGGAUCAUCUUCCAGGUCUUCGUGUCUCCGUGUGCCUGGUUCAGGGAGUCGUAAUUUUCGCAACUCCAUAUUUGUGGAGGGUGUUAUUCUCUGGAAUGCCUUGCCAAGGGAGCGAAAGAGGGGGCUUAUCUUGAGUCAUGUAGCCUCCAUUCACAACUUGUCCUAA